ACUCAUUUCAAUAUUUCAUCAUCCCUUUCAUUCUCCAAUUUUCUGUGACGAAAACAAAACAGAGGGUUCUGUUCUGAAACAACAAACCGUUGACAUGGGUUCCUUUGAGGAAACGGGUUCCUCUGGGAGUAUGGGUUCUUUUGAUGAUGCAGCACUAAUCGAAGAAGGACCUCUUCUUCAGGAUCCAUUGGAGAGGCAAUAUACAGGAGAUGGCACAGUUGACUAUGAAGGCAACCCUGUUCCUAAGGAGAAUACUGGCGGGUGGAGAGCAUGUGCAUUUAUCCUUGGAAAUGAGUGCUGUGAACGUUUGGCUUUCUUUGGUAUUUUAACAAAUCUUGUUACCUAUCUUACCAACAAACUACAUCAAGGAAAUGCCUCUGCUGCAAAAAAUGUUACCAUCUGGCAAGGCACUUGUUAUCUUACAACUCUGAUUGGAGCUGUUCUAGCAGAUACAUAUUGGGGAAGAUAUUGGACAAUUGGUGUUUUUUCCACUAUUUAUUUCUUGGGGCUGUGUAUAUUGACUCUUUCUGCAUCAGUUCCUGCUUUGAAGCCUCCUGAAUGCUUGGGUUCUCAUUGUCCUCCAGCUACUCCUGCACAAUAUUUUGUGUUCUACUUUGGUCUCUAUGUGGUUGCCCUUGGAACUGGAGGUGUAAAAACAUGUGUGUCAUCUUUUGGGGCAGAUCAGUUUGAUGAUACUGAUCCUAAGGAAAGAAUUACUAAAGCAUCCUUUUUCAACUGGUAUUACUUUUCUAUUUACCUAGGUGCUCUUGCGUCAAGCACCUUCAUUGUGUGGAUUCAAGACAAUGCAGGAUGGGCUCUUGGUUUUGGCAUUCCCGCUUUAUUUAUGGGAGUAUCGAUUGUAAGCUUCUUUUUAGGCACACCAAUCUAUAGGUUUCUAAAACCAGGGGGGAGCCCCAUUAAAAGAAUUUGCCAGGUUUUGGUAGCAUCUGCCCGAAAGCAGGAGUUGGCUGUCCCCGAGGAUAGCAGUCUCCUGUAUGAGACAGCAGACAAGAAAUCUGCUAUCGAAGGGAGCCGCAAACUGGAGCAUAGUGAUGACAUGAGGUGCCUCGAUAAAGCAGCUAUAGUGUCUGAUGCUGAGAGCAAAAUUGAUUAUUUUCCUGAUCCAUGGAGACUCUGCACUGUGACACAAGUUGAGGAACUGAAGAUCUUGCUCCGCAUGUUCCCAAUUUGGGCUUCAGGAAUCAUUUUUGCUGCUGUCUAUGCCCAGAUGGCAACCUUGUUUGUGGAACAAGGAACGAUGAUGAACACAACUAUCGGUUCCUUCAAGAUGCCUCCGGCUUCCCUCUCAUGUUUUGAUGUGAUAAGUGUUGUUGUGUGGGUCCCCAUCUAUGACAAGAUACUUGUUCCACUUGCCAAGAAAAUUAACGGCACGGAGAGGGGAAUUUCUGUGUUUUAUAGAAUGGGAAUUGGCCUUCUUAUUUCGGUUGCAUGCAUGUCGGCCGCAGCUGUGGUGGAGAUCAUGCGUCUGCAGCGUGCGAGAGAGCUCGACCUUAUUGACAAACAUGUUGCUGUACCCAUUAGUGUGCUCUGGCAAAUACCUCAAUACUUCUUAUUAGGUGCAUCCGAGGUAUUCAUGUUUGCCGGACAGGUUGAGUUCUUCUACGAUCAAUCUCCGGAUGCUAUGCGGUCUUUAUGCACAGCACUGCCACUUGUGAGUUUUGCACUGGGGAACUACUUGAGCUCUUUCAUUCUUACCGUGGUAAUUCACUUUACGACACAAGGCGGAAAACCGGGAUGGAUACCGGAUAACUUGAACGAAGGUCAUCUUGAUUACUUUUUCUGGCUUUUAGCUGGACUUAGUUUCUUAAAUUUGUUGGUGUACAUUGUCACUGCCAAAAAGUACAAGAAGAAGAAGGCUAUUGCUAUUUUUUAAGGCCUUCAGGCAUAUCUAUCUAGGGUGGAAGCAUGUUAUGACAUUUCAUUUUUUUUUCUUUUGGUGAUUAUUCUUUAUGUGAGAACGAGCUCAUAAACACAGCCUAAAUCAUCUAAUAUAUUAUUCUUUAUCAUUAAA